AUGUUGAAAGUAGUAGGAGCAUCAUGGGCUCAGACGCAACUAUCAUGGUGUUUGAUUAUUACAAUCACCAUGUUGGGUUUGAUAGCCUUUUAUUUUGGAGGAACGAUCAGGUAAAUAAUUCAAUUUUGUUCAAUACUGAAUACAUUUAUACAAAGUACAAAGUGUCGUUAGUUUGUUAAAUUAUAAUAUAUCAAUACCUACCUAUUUAGAAAUGAGUACGAUGGUAAAUAUGCAGCAACAGCGUUUUGGAGCAAAGAAUUUGGAUUAAGAAUCGAUUUUUGUGGCCAAAAUAAUGACCCCCUCAAAGUUAGAAAAGGAGUAGCAAGAGCUUAUUACAGACCAGAUUUAACUAAAAAUGGGUAACAUAUAUUUUACGUAUAUUUAAUGUUAUCUAUAAUAUCUAUUUAAAAAAAACUUACAAUUAAAUUUAGAUGGGCAGUUUUAGAAGUGGAGACUCAGGCGGAAUAUCCGGAUCAUAUACAAGCUAAAGCUGCCGGACACUUGGAAGGGAGUUUGACGUGGCAGAUGAUUUAUUGGCAUUGGAAGAAUUCAAUAGAGAAUACUUGCAACAGAAGAAAGAAAUUUUGCGAUCGAAUUAGAAAAUAUUUGGAAGAGAAUACGGACGAAAUCAAACAAAUAGCGAAAGAAAACGACGAAACCGACCCAUUUUGGCACCAAGUAUAUUUUAAUCAAAAUUGUUUACAACCAAUUAAAAUAUAUAUACUUAUUUUUAAUCAUAUUUAUUAAAUAUAGGUUAAUUUAUAUUAUUUGCAACUGAAAGCGUUAGAAGAAGGUUGGCGAUUUGGCGUAAAAAGAAGCAGACAAGACAUCGACAUACCGUCUGUAGACUUCUUGUGAGUUCACUUUUUUAGUACUUAUAUGGGGCUACAACUAGUUUAAAGUUUUUCAGUUAAAACUUGGAACUCGUUUGCGCACAAAUUAUUGUAGAAGGGAACCGCUCGAUUGUGCACAGUGACGUUAAUUUGGGCAUAAUGUCAGAAGUUGUAAAAAUUACUCAGGAUCCACAGACCUGUGGGGAUAAAACCCCCACACCUCCCAAUUAUUAUUAUUAAUAUAUAUUAUUAUAUUAUUAUUAUUAUUAUUAUUAUUAUUAUUAUUAAUAAUAUUAGUAUAAAAUAUAUUAGAAAUCUACAUCAUUAUUCUUAUAUAGGAACAGGAAAAUAUUGUUUAUAACUGUGAAUUAAAUCACAUAAUAUUUUACAAUUUAAAAUACAAAAUUCAGAAUUUUCAUAUUGUAACUAUCUCACUAUCGUUCUCUUUUUAAAAAUGUUUAUAAUAUUAUAAAUUCAUUCGUCUUUUUAAUUUUUGUUUAAGAAUUUUUUUUUGCUUUUCAAUACUUAAUAAAUAAAAUGUUCCAUAACUUAUAUCAAUAAAGUAUAAUAAUAUUAAAUCAAAUAUUAUCAGUAAAAAUACGACGGCAAAAAAGUUUAAAUCUAAAAAUAGAUUAAUUUUUAUUUAAUUUCUGGUAGUGAAAUAGUGAAUUGUAAUUGAUUUAAUAUUGAUAAUAAAUAAUUUCAAUUUUAUCAUUUUCGAACUUGUCUUUUUCUUAAUUAAAUAAUUAUUUACCUACCAAUUUAAAUUUUUUUUUUUUUUUGUUAACGAGAAACCAUUAAUACACACAUUUCAGGGGUUGCAAUUUAAUACUUUUGUUACCCCUCAAUCACGCCACUAAUUACGCAGAACAUAUUAUAGAAGGAACUACUUAAAGACAUAACACACAAAAAGCAUAAAUUUAACAAUAUCAAAGAAGUUAAAAUAUUUACCUACUGAUAGUUCUAAGUCUGUAUAAGUACCUAGGAAGGAAAAUAUGUGCGCAAACGAAUGAUUGCACAAGAAAUAAUCUGUGCGCAAUCGUGUUGUAAAAAUGUGCGCAAAUAAGUUGUGGUUUUAGUUAAUAUGCGCAAACUAUGUGCGUCCUCUAUAAGUUACCUAAUAAUGAAACUAUACGCGCUCUUGGCAUUAAAUAUUAUGCUGAUUUAUUAUAAUUUUUACGUUUAUACAUUAUUAAUAUACAUAAACGUAAAAAUGAUUAAUACCACUAAGUCUAUUAAUUAUCCGAUAAAGUAAUAGAUGUUUAUAGGUUAGUAGCAUUAAUGCUCUACUUAAAUGUUAGUAUUAGUUUAAUACCUACGUUUUAUUGAUAUAAACCGAUUUACCAUACCUACUUCACAGUUCAACGCAAUCUAAAUAAAUAGGUACACUUUUUGUAAAGUUAAAUUAUUAAAAAAAAUAAUUGGUAAAUAGCACGUAUAAAAUACAAUUGAUUGUUCUCAGAUGGAUGAACAUCAUACCAGAUUUAAACGACUUUGAAAAGAAGUGGAACGCUACGAAAUACUUUAAUCCGGAUAAGCCACCGUUAUCUACUACUUUCGUAAAAAUUAUCGACACCGAUCCAAUUGACUUUGUGUUAGCACAAUCUACAUCUGGAUCGUAAGCAAAAUAAUUUAUAACACAAACGCACGGACCUACGAAUACAAUUUAAGGAAUAAUAAUAAACGAAUAUACAAUUUCAGUUAUGGGUCCAUGUUGCGCAUACAGAAACGGUACAGUUUUGGAUAUCAUGAAACCAAUAGCAUCAACAGUGCGCUCAUUCAUGGAAAGAUUGUCGAAUUCACAUCGUAUCCAGGAUCUAUAUUUUCACAAGACGACUUUUAUAAAAUAACUAAACGGGGUUCUCUGACGGAGACAACUGUGGUAGGUACGGAAAUACAGAACAAUAACCGACAACUCUGGGAAAAGAUUAUGAAAUCAGAUCAGGUAUACAUAAACGUGUACACGGUUAAUAACUGCAACAGUAUAAAAAAAAAAUAAAUAAAUAUUUUAACAUCACGAUUGUAAUAUAGGUUCUCUUGGGUGCCAGGGUUAUGGCAGCAAAUCGUUUAGCGAGCAAUAGUAAAAAGUGGUACGAGGUAUUUUCGAAGAACAAUAGUGGAACCGGAAAUAAACAAUGGCUGGUCAUCAGUGCGAAUAAUACAUCAAUCGAAUUCGGUGUCAUUGAACAAAUGCCUGGUAUUGUUGGCUACGACGAGCUUUCACAAACGGUUUUAUCCAGCGGUUAUUGGAUAUGCAAUAGUUAUCCCAGUCUCGAGGUCAGUCGUUUAUUACGUCUAUAGUAUAUACAAUUACAUAGAUCAUAAAUAUAAAUUAUACAUAUAUAUUUUUUUAGGUACCUUACUAACACAAUUAGUCUAUAACAUUCAGGGCCGGUGUUGGGAGGUCGGGGGGGGUUACCCUUCCACCAGUGAGAAAAAUGAAUUUAUAGUCGGCAAUUAUAAAAAAAUUGCUGGCGCCAGCCCUGAUAACAUUUAUGUGUACCGUCUCCCCUCGACAUACUCGUAUAUACGUAUACAUACUCCGCGUAAAGACGAUUUGGCACGGGUACGCGAAUUUUAUAGACUUUAAGAUUAAUGUUCGUUAAAAUAAAAAAAACUACAUUUGCCAUUAAAUUUCAGCAUUGCUGCAAAUUUUGGCGUAUUUCGUAUUACGCUAAAAACGUUAGAAAAUAAAAAUUAAUUAAAACAGACCCCUUUAAAUGUGAUUACUCGACGAAUCGUGUUUAUUUAACCCAAAAAAACAUUUCAACGACACAAUUUAUAAUUAUUAUUAUUUUAAUACGUUAGUACGCAAUAAAUAGCGUUUCCUGUUUCCUUGUUUUUAUAAUUCGAAUACGAAAUUUGUGAUAACAACUACCAACAUUGAAAACGGAGAUCAAUGUGAAAUGUUCGACGUCUUAAAUAAAAACAAGCUUAAUAGACGAACUAAAUAAAAACUGAAAAACUGAAAUGUCAAAUACCUAUAGAUAGUUUAGAAAUUUCCAGAAUGUUUUGAUAAUUUUUCCAUGGCUAGAAAAAUCUUAUAUUCGUAUUCUAUUAAAAUAUCAGUUCUUUCCUAUUAUUUUUAAGCGCAUUCAAACAAACAAACAAAAUAUGCAAAAUCGAAAAUAAUGAAUCCGAUAUUUCAGUACAUUUUCCUGCUUUCCCCGAGAUUUUUCCAGUUUAAAAAAAAGCUCCUACUCUUUAAAUUUGCAAGAUUUCUGGUAUUAUAGAUAGUUGCAGCUGUAUAGACUAUAUAGUUAUUCUUAAUAUAUAGUAAACUAUCGGAAUUCCGUGCGUCGACAGGUCGAUAAUUUUCUAAAUCCCCUUUAAAUAUCGUAUGCAUAUUUCUUAUUUAUUCCAAGUGGGGCGCUCGUUACAUAUUCGAGCCAACUUUAAUAGACUCGUGAUCAACCUCUGAGUUUUUGUCGCGAUCGACCAAAAAAAAAAAAAAUUAACAAAAAUAUAUAUUGUAUACAUAUGUGUGUUACAGUUAUUUUAUUUAUAAUAUUAAUAAUAAGUAAUAAUAACGUUUAAUUUCACAACUUUACAUAACACUUAUUUGAAUAAAUUUGAUAACGAAUUAAUUAUGAACUAAUGAAUCAACUUCUUAUUGUUUGAUAGGAUAUAUUUAUUUAUUUAUUCAUUGAGACGUUUGUGCUCGCAUUUGAUUUGAUAAUUUCACAAAAUCUGGGAUGUACGAUGACAGAAUACAUAUAAAAUAAUGAAAUCGUGAAAUUGUAUGUUUUUCUCACUUCAGUGCUUUUAUUUAAAAAAUGUCGUCGAAAAUCAAAAAUUGACCCGUAUAAAGUGCAAUCUAAACAACUUGAGCUUUCAGAAAAGGUGCUACACGUAAAAAUCGGAACAAGUUUACUAGGAAAAAACGUGUCCACAGACUAGAAGAAAGAGAGAAAGAAUAAAAAAAUAAACAUUUUAUCAAAACCAAUGGCUCCCUCGCUGCGCUCGGAAUCUAAAAUGACGUAUUUGUUUUCUAAAAAAAAAAAUUUAAAAGGAAUCGCACUCGACCUGUUGGCCACCCCCACCAUAUAUAACCUUUCCAACUUUUCACUACAAAAACGGUCUAACGUAGGUCAGCGAAAUAAAACAAACCUUUCUCAGAAUACUAAUCGGCGAUCACUUUAUUGGCAAUCGAAAUGUCGACAGUCUACACUGCAUUGUCGUUACUACACAUUGCUAUUUUAUUAUCAAUGCCUACACGUUUCCCGGUUUAACUAAUCAUGUCCCAAUCGCAGCCCUUUAAAUAAUUAUACAUGACGGGUACACCACGGUGCACUGGUUUUAAACGAAACCGUUUAUAAAACCGAUAUAUUAACGUGUCGUCAUUAUUUACAGCAAAUCGUUUACAUCAGCAACAAUAACGACGCGUACAUGGCGCUGUACGACGGUAACGGCAACCCUGUGGCCACGGUACUGUUGGGCGGUCGGGAAACGGUGACCGACAAAGCAUCGCUGGAGAAACUUAUGCGAGGCGCCGAAAUGUCACUGAUCGGCCGGAGUGAUCUGUUAGGCAUCAAGACGAUCGGCAUGUUCCGCCGGCUGUCCAAUCAGUCGUUCGUGGAACAGCUGAUCGCGGCCAACAGACAUCAGUCGGCCGGCUUUACGACACAACUGAAGGACGACCGGAUGACGAUCAUCAUGAACAAGUUGCCGGCAUCCGCCGAAACCGACGACAAGUUGGACAUGGACAAGACUUUGACCGGACUUAUAGACUUGAAAAUCGCAUCGGCGAAUACCAACGGUUUCUCCGCGCUGGCCGGGCCGAUAUUCACCAUCGACCGCACCGAGGUCGAACCGUUCCAGUGGUCCGAGAGUCCGAUAAGGCAUCUGCCGCAUUUCGGGCACCCGGACGUAUGGGACUACGAUAUGGAGAGCAUUAAUUGGGUUUGGAACUAA